AUGGAAACAAGUGAAAGAAAAGCAUUAAUGAAUUCGACUCUGGUCAAAUUACCUGAAUCACUUCACAAUAAUCAAACAUUGUUUAUGUCGACUAAAGAAAGAGCAAAAAUUCGAAAUGAAGAAUUAUUAAGAACAAUUGAUAAAUUAUCGAAUGAAGUUGAUACGUUUUUAAAGCAUGAAGAUGGUGGACGAUUUACAACAUUAAAGACAAAUUAUUGGAAUAUGGUUCAAAAAGUAUUACCAAUUUGGCAACAAGAGUUAGAUGAAUACGAAACACAGAAAAAGGAGGGGGAGUUAUUGAACAACAAACAACAAUAA